AUGGCGGAGGAUUUGGUUCAUUCUAGCUUUAGUUUGGACGAAGCGUUCAGUUUUGUUUUCGACAAUUCACCUGGUGAACCGGUAACACCGUAUCGAUUAGCUAUCUAUCUUCUUAUACGAGUUUUGGAUACAAAUCAUCGAUUGAAGCCGUUUACACACAAAGAACACUAUAAACUAUCAUCGUUGGUGCAUUCACUUUUAAAUGCAGUUAAUUUAAGCUUCCCGGAAAUGAUUGAUAUGGUAAUGGAACCGUUGAAAGAAGUUUCAAUGAAUUUAUUUUUGGAAUUUGUGACAAAAAUAGAUGCCCAUCGUGGAGAUGUGGAAAUACUUAUACGUCGUGAUGAAUUAUUUUGUCAGCCUCGGAAGUUAGACCGUUUGGGACAACCAUUCGCUCUCCCUAAAAGUCUUAUCGGUAUUUUUGUUCGCAAGUUGGCUGUCACACAAGCUUGUCAAAGUGUUACGCAAAUCCAACGGUCACAUAAGCAGUGGUUGGAAUGGUUGGAUGAUUCGCGUCCCGCCGCUCGCGGUGAUCUUUUUGGUGGCUAUGCUAAAAACGUGUCUGAGUCAACUACUUCCGCAUCAUCUACGUCGGGUGAUACUCAUCUGGUUCCUCUUAUAGACGACAUAACGCAUUUGAGAGUUACACCAAUUAAAGACAAGGCUACAAGGAUGAGUGAGGAAUUUUUGAAAGCCUCAAUAUCACCGGCGAGUAAAAAGAAAAAAGCAGUCAAUGUUGGAGACAAAGAUAAGCAGCAUAGGAAGACUCUUUUCCAAGCUGACAUACCAUUGUCACCUACAGCACUCUACGAAUUGCAGCAACAUCCUGGUGCACAACCGCAAUUAACCGAGCUACUUUCUUCUAGUAGAGCUCGAACUCUUAUCAGUCGACAGUUACAUGCAUUGCAUGUUUCACCAGAUGAUGCAAUGGAAGAAAAACAACUGAAAGCUGCAUGCAAUUUCAUUAAGAAGAAUUAUCCUGAUUUACCACUUGUGCAUCUAGUUGAUAUGAUGAAUGCAAUACGUUCUCAUAAUAUAUUCGAAGCUGGUGAAGCAUUACAACAGUUCUUUGAUUGGACGGCAAUACGCAUCAAUGAAACUAGUAACAUAAACCGUUCAAUUACUGCUACCGAUCAACGUCCCUUACGUUACGCACCUUUAUUGCACGCGCGACUCGCUCGAGUUUUUGGAUAUAAGGAUCACGCUCGGCAUUUUCUCUCUGAAGCGGUACAUCAAGCACAAACGAGCCAUGAUUUAGUCUGCUUACGGUUGGCUGAGGUAGAGCAAGCUGCUAUUAAUGCAGACGAAGAUCUAAAUCCAUCCGGAGAAAAUGAUUCAACUGAUGAAUCGAAAACCCAUUUUAUCUCGGCGGCAUUGCUUUCAUCAGUGUCGAUUGGUAAUGGUGAAAUACAAGAAUCAACAGAGGAAGAUGAUAAGAUCAAAGCCGAAGAAGCUGAUACACGAGCCUUUAUUAAGCAACUCAAUGAUUGUUCUACAUUACAGAACUGUAUUAAUCUAGCGAGAUCAGCUAAUGAUCCAAAAAGUAUGGUAAAGGGUCUACAAAUGUGUUCUGGUGCUGAUUAUGGUGUUGAUCGAGAAUCUCAAUCACGACUUGUUAAUGAAGCUGCUCGUGUAAUUUCUGCCACCAUAAAACUUGCAAACGGCUUCGUCGAUUCUGCCAUUAGUGAUUGCAACCGUAUUCUUUAUUUUAAUCCGGGUGAUCAGUGGUGUCAGCGAUAUGAUACUGAAUCUCACGUAAUUGCUGCUGUGAAUAUCGCUUACGCUCAUGCUCUAAACGGACAAUUUGAUGAUGCACGCACGCUGAUAAAGAGGUUGAAGACGCGGUUCACAGAGAAAAAUAACUGGCAGUGUGCCUUUCAUUGGAAAUUAUGUGAAUCAUUAAUCGAAUAUGAUAGAGCUUUCUUCUUUGGUGACUGGAUAGCUGCCGAUCAAUGGCUUCUAGUAAUGGAACAAUUAGCUCCUUCAGAAGCCGGCUUGAGGAAAGCUGUUUUGGUUCACUCCAAAGGUGAUUUGCGGGAAGCAAUAAAUAUAGCGAGAGAAAAUGUCGAGAGAGUGAAAAAUUCAAAAGAUUUGCGACUAAGGCUAAGAUGUGACAUAACAUUGGCAAUGUUAUAUACCUCAAAUAAUUUGGAGCAUGUAGCACUAUCGAUUUUGGAGCAGUGCAAGAAUCUUGCACAUAAACAUUCCCUGGAUACAUUUCACGCGAUUAUUAUGCGACGGAUUGCUUACAUAGAUGCAGUGGAGGGACGACUUGAUGAAGCACUAACAAAAAUUGAAGAUUGUGAAUGGACUCUCAAAAUUCGAUGUCAGUCUUUGGAAAAUGCUUAUUUAUAUAUGACUACUUUCACAGUUUAUGCUCAAAAAAAUGAAACAUCGCCAGAUACAAUUUCGCAACAACUCAAUACUUUAGCUGCAGCGCGUCGAGAAUUUCGCCGUGCUUCCGCACCCCUUCUCGAAAAAAUCGUCCUUCUUAUUGCCGCCAAAUUGUUUAACAGCUGUAAACAAACUGACGAACGAGAUGAAUGUGCAGCAUUGUAUUAUGAUAUGGACGAACAGUAUCCAGGACAAAUCGACUGGACAAUUUUGUGA